CCGCAAUCUCUCACAUCAUUUUUCCGAUAUAAUAUCAAGUACAUUUAACAAGUAAUGUCACAAUCUAGAGUUUGGCAAUAUGGUAUACCGUUUAUGAUUUUUAUACUCGGCGGAUCGUUUGGUCUUCGAGAAUUUACGGAAUUACGGUACAGAUAUAAAAAUACAACUGAAUAUUCGAUCCGAGAUGAAUUAGAGAAAAAAGGAAUCGAGACAAGACCAUUAGAAGAAAUCACCUUAGAAAAAGAAUACGAGAAAUUAGAAAAGGUGGAUUUAGACAAUUGGAAGAAUAUUCGAAUACCGAGACAAUGGGAAGAACCAGAAAAUGGAACCACAAAGGUUUAAUUAUCAAUUAAAAAAUGUUUAUUUCAUCCUUAUAUAAUUAACAUAAUGAGCAAUAUAUAAUUAAUUUUUAUCAGUUUUCACAAGAGAUAUUUGUGUGAUCACCUUUUCAUACUAAAUAAUUAUAUAAGAUAAUUAAGAGAUAAAUAUAAUAAAACAAAUAAUUACA